UUGCCAGGGAACCAGAAAUAACCGUUAGUUAAGACGAGGUAUUAUAUACACAGUUGUCUGCUAGUCUUUCGUGAGUAUCAUUGCAGUGAUAUUUAUUAGUUAAAUACUUAUUAACAUCAAUUAAGGAAUCGACAAUUGAAGAAUUAAUUCAAUUAUAUUCAGUUUUAUCGAGGCUGAAUAUUUAAAUAAUUUUCAGUUCACUAAGCGGAAUUUGGUAUUCAAAUUUUUGUACGGCUUCGACACAGAAAAAAAGGAUUUCGGAUGAAAUAAAUCGUAAGCAGAAUAAAUUUCCACAAUGGGAUACUUAAAAUCUCUAGGAACCGGAUUUGUGUGGAUUUGCACAUUCUUAGCAAUAAUAACUUUUAUGCCUGGAUUGCCGCCAAAUAUCGAUUUCAAGCCUCACAAUAUCACGUUGCCUACAAAGAUUUCCAAGCCAAUACCCAAUGAAAAUUUGAGUAAAGCUGAAAAACUUUUCCAAGGGAAAUUAUUCGGACCUGAAUCUUUCGACGCCUAUGAUGGCGUUUUAUAUUUUUCUGCUGCUGGAGGCGGCGUUUAUAAACUUGUCGGCAAUGAUUUUGUAGAAGUAGUGAGAUUUGGAAAAACUUGCCACAACAUGUGGGAAGAAGAUUUAUGUGGUAGGCCGUUAGGUUUGAAGUUUGAUAAGAACGGAAAUCUUUAUGUCGUCGACACGUAUUACGGUAUCUUCAAAGUCGAUGUAAAAACCGGUAACUAUGAAAAAAUAGUCGAUACAUCACAGCCUAUUGAAGGAAAGAUUCCGAUGAUUCCUAACAGUAUCGAUAUUGCCAGCAAUGGCGAUCUCUAUUGGACAGAUUCGAACACUAAUUUUAAACUUUUCGAGGGAUUAUUUUCGAUACUGAGCGAUCCGAGUGGACGAUUGAUACAUUACAAUGCGAAAACAAAGGAGAAUAAAGUUUUGUUAGAAAAUCUUGGAUUUGCCAAUGGUAUCAGACUCAGUGAGGACGAAAAUUUCGUAAUCGUUGCCGAAACUUCACUGUCCCGAAUAAUAAAGUAUUAUCUAAAAGGGCCAAAAGCCGGAAAUGGCGAGAUUAUGGUCGAGGGAUUACCCGGUCUUCCUGAUAAUAUUCAUUCAGACAACCAGGGUAAUUUCUUAGUGAGCUUAGUCGUCGUUGCAGACGAGGAUGAGCCCCAUCUUACCCAAUCUCUACUUCCUCACCCGUUAAUUCGUAAAAUGAUAAUUCGUUUCCUCACCUUAUUAAAGCUUCCAUUCAAAUUAUUGGACACAAUUUACCCUAAUAGUUAUUGCAGUCGAGCUUAUUAUUGGAUCGGGUCAUUCCGAAGUGCGCCAUCUGUAUUCUCAGAGCGAAGUAUCGUUUUAAGAAUUGAUAACGAUGGAAAAAUUCUAGACGUGUUGAUAUCCAACAGCGAAGAAAUUUCCAAUAUAAGUUCCGCUUUUAUUCUGAAUAAUUAUAUGUGGCUUGGAAGUCCAUUCAAUAAUUUUCUCGCUAGACUUUCUAUCGAUAAAAUACCUGAGUUUAAAAGUAAAAAAAUUGAAUCAAAAGAAAAGAAAAAUAAACAGCCGGAAAAACCUGCCCCUAAACCAGCAAAGCAGGAUUCUAAAAAACCAUCUAAAGCUAAAGUCGAAUUAUAAGAUCUAAAAAAAUAAUUAAUUAGAUUAAGUCAGAAAGCAAAAUUUUA